AUGACACUAAUUGGGAUGAGGAGUAUGAGCAGUGAAGUGGUGCGACAGCAGCAGAAGCCACAGGAAACGGUGAUUCUCAGCGACAGAUGCGCGGAAAGACUGGCUGAGAUUGUUAAAGAGGAAGGCCGUGACGUGUUUUUAAGACUGACCGUGGAAGGAGGGGGCUGCUCUGGCUUCCAGUAUAUCUUCACUCUGGAUGACAAGGUCACUUCUGGAGAUAGCAUUUUUGAGCGUGAUGGAGUCCGGUUGGUGGUAGACGAUGUAUCUCUUCUUUUCGUGAAUGGUGCUACUGUGGACUUCACUGACGAACUUAUUCGUUCUUCAUUUCAGGUGAUCAGCAAUCCCAAUUCAGCGUCAUCGUGUGGGUGUGGCGCCUCUUUUACAGCAAAACACCUGCAAUCGUCGUUCAAGGGCGAUGCUCUCGUGGCUCUUCCAGUCCGCGCUGUUAGCAAGCGAUCCUCCGAGAGGCUCGUGGUGGUGGACGAGGCCGUCGUGCAGUUUAUCCGCGGCGUCAACGAGCAAACCAUCCCCGAAGUCCGACUCACGCGAUCCAGGGACGGUACCAGCGGCACGGCAACGUUCGUAUUUGAGCAGCCGUCGGUGUUCGACCAGCCCAGCGACCUGGGUGACAUCACGGGGCUCUUCAUGAUCGAUGAGGAGGGCGACCUGCAGACGGUGGACGUGAGCGCCAAGUUUAUCAACGGCAAGCCAGCGGGCAUUGAGGCCAAGUACAUCAUGCGCUCAGAGAGGGAAUGGGACCGCUUCAUGCGCUUUAUGGAGCGAUACGCCGAGGCCAACAACCUGGGCUUCGUCAAGAAGUGA